AUGCUUUGCUUGACGCGUUUGGUGCGGAGGGCUCACGGAGGUGCAUUGCGCAGUUUUUUGUCGUAUCCAAUGAAUGAAAUUAACCCAGUCGUCUUUCUUGAAAUCACGGUGGAAGGAGAAGCAUUGGGUCGGGUAACUGUGGAGCUUUUUCAUGAUACAGUACCUAAAACUACCGAAAAUUUUCGUUCACUAUGCACAGGCGAACGUGGUCAUAGUCAAUGUCCUUUGUAUUACAAAGGGGUUCCUUUUCAUCGAAUCAUACCCGGAUUUAUCGUACAAGGUGGUGACAUUUUGACAAAGGAUGGUCGCGGCAAUGUUAGUGUUUUUGGUUUUCCCUUUUCAGAUGAGAGUUUUGGCGGAAAAGCAGGAAAGCAUCUUCCACGUACGGUCGCCAUGGCCCACAGUGGACCCAACCAAAAUGGUUCACAAUUUUUCUUUAAUUUAAGACGGAAUGAGCAUUUGGAUGGGAAGUAUGUCGUAUGCGGACAAGUAUUGGAAGGAUGGGAUCUGGUGGAGCGAGUGGCGGCGUUGUGUGGGUCACGCUGUGGCGUGCCGGUGAGUCGUGCAUGGAUCACGGAUUGCGGGCAAAGCAGCGGUGCAAAGCUUGAGGAGACAGAGAGGGCUCUUGCCGGGGAACGCUCCUUGCACUCUAUGCCUGGAAAGGAAGUUCUAGACCUUAUUUCCCCACGAUACUAG